UCGGCUUCUCCCCGGGGCCCUCGGGGCCCUCCAGGCCGUCCAGGCCCUCCGGCCUCGAGGCCGGCAGGUGAGCCUGGGGCCCCAGGGACAGGCCAAGGGCUGUGUCCUGCAGAGCUCCAGAGCCCUCGCCACGGCUGCCCACUGGCCGGACCCAGGACGUGAAGUCCGAGGCCUAAUGGCGGCAGCGGUCUCCAUGGGUCGCGGUCAGCGGAGGUCUCGGCAGCGGGAGUAUAUGGACACUGGCAUUAAGCCAGCAACAGUGGACGCAAAUCCUUCUCACGACACCGUCUGAACAUCUACAUCUCUCUUCCAUUUUUAAGGACCCCUGUGAUGACAUUGCACCCACCUGCAUAAUCCAGGAUAAUCUCCCUGUUUUAAGUAGGCCAUGGUAAGGACUUUGGCUUUUACUCUGAGAGUGAUGGGGAGUCGUGGAGGGUUCUGAGCAGAGAAGAGUAUCUGGUUUUUAUUUCACAGCAUAUUCGGCUACUGGAUGGAAAAUCAACUUGGGAAGAGGUCAAGAAAGGCAAAAAAUGACUGAGGAACUGUUCCAGGUUAAAAAAGCAGGCAAUGUGUUGAUGACUAAAUGCAGUGUGUGAUCCUGGAGUGGAUCCUGGACCGAGGCAAAAAAGCUACGAAGGACAUGACUGAGACAAUGACAAAAUUUGAAUAUGGACUGAGAAUUAGAUAAUAGGGAGGUUACAGAGGAGACCAUAGAUGUUCAUCAAAGGAGCCUGUUGUGAAUAAGCAAAUUGUUUUAGACUGUCAGUUUCGGAUCCAAGGAUGGCGAUGGCAAAGCUUACUCGAGUUCCUUGUCAAAUUAAAGCUGUCACAGAAUAAAUCCCGCUGCCUGCUGCGAGGCCCCCCGGGCACAGCAAACUUCAGUGAGUGAACUGGUAAUCAGUGUUUGGAUAUGCAGAGCCAUGAUUUAAAAGGCGGGGUGACCCUCCCAAAAACCUUUCACGGGGGCCGUAGCCCGCAGGUGCAGUGAGGCGUGCGCGCGCGAGUGCUGGCGCCCCAGAAGACGCCUCUCCCGUGGAGAGGGAGCCGGAGAGCCCGGCGAGGUCUGGCGGCCGCGCACCUGGCGGCUUGUCUCCGGCGGCGGCGGCGGCGGAUGAUGGUUGCGGCCGGCGCGCUGGUCUGUGUCUGUGCGUCGCCGCGGAAAUCAGAGCCCGGCGCUGCACGCUGAGCCCUUGCAGGUCCUCCGCAUCCCGAGCCUUGGCGAGGACAGACCCGGAGCCCAGGGGCCGCGGACCUGCGUGCGGAGGGACCGGGGGGCGAGUGGGGUCAGCUUAUCAUGGCGGAUCGGACAGCUCCCAGCUGCCAGCUCCGGCUGGAGUGGGUGUACGGGUACCGGGGUCACCAGUGCCGCAACAACCUGUACUACACCGCCGGCAAGGAAGUGGUCUACUUUGUGGCUGGCGUCGGGGUGGUUUACAGCACCCGCGAGCACAGCCAAAAAUUCUUCUUGGGACACAACGACGACAUUAUCAGCCUUGCCUUACACCCAGAUAAAACCCUUGUUGCAACUGGCCAAGUUGGGAAGGAGCCAUAUAUAUGUAUAUGGGACUCCUAUAAUGUCCAGACUGUGUCUAUUCUUAAAGAUGUCCAUACACAUGGAGUCGCCUGCCUGGCUUUCGACUCGGAUGGACAGCGUUUAGCCUCUGUGGGAUUGGAUGCCAAAAACACAGUCUGCAUUUGGGACUGGAGGAAGGGAAAACUUCUGGCCUCAGCCACUGGCCACUCUGACCGGAUUUUUGAUAUUUCCUGGGAUCCAUAUCAGCCAAACAGAGUGGUUAGCUGUGGAGUGAAACAUAUAAAGGGCCACCACCUCCACAGCUGCCUGAGUCCUGGUCCUCCUGGGGGGUGCAUCCAUCUAGAACUGCUUCCUCGAAUACGCAGCUACUCUGAGAGGACCGUCAUUUUUCCUCUCCUGCAGGCACAGAGUAUUAGGUUUUGGACACUAUGUGGAAAUGCCCUGACUGCAAAAAGAGGGAUAUUUGGCAAAACAGGGGAUCUUCAGACCAUCCUUUGCCUUGCAUGUGCCAAAGAAGACAUCACCUACUCUGGUGCUUUAAAUGGCGACAUCUAUGUCUGGAAAGGGCUCAAUUUAGUCCGCACCAUUCAAGGAGCACAUAGUGCUGGAAUCUUCAGCAUGUAUGCUUGCGAAGAAGGCUUUGCCACUGGUGGACGAGAUGGGUGUAUACGAUUAUGGGAUACUGAUUUCAAACCAAUAACCAAAAUUGAUCUCAGGGAGACAGAACAAGGAUAUAAAGGCCUCUCUAUCCGGAGUGUGUGCUGGAAAGCAGACCGCCUUCUAGCAGGGACCCAGGACAGUGAGAUAUUUGAAGUGAUCGUGCGAGAACGGGACAAGCCAAUGCUGAUCCUGCAGGGCCACUGUGAGGGGGAGCUCUGGGCUCUGGCCCUGCACCCCAAGAAGCCGCUGGCUGUGACAGGCAGCGAUGACCGCUCUGUCAGGCUGUGGAGCCUAGCAGACCAUGCCUUGAUCGCCCGCUGUAACAUGGAGGAAGCGGUUCGAAGCGUUGCUUUCAGCCCUGAUGGAUCUCAGUUGGCCCUGGGCAUGAAGGACGGAUCUUUCAUUGUUCUCCGAGUCAGAGAUAUGACAGAAGUGGUUCAUAUCAAAGAUCGAAAAGAAGUCAUUCACGAAAUGAAAUUUUCUCCAGAUGGUUCUUAUCUGGCAGUGGGAUCCAAUGACGGCCCAGUAGAUAUCUACGCUGUCGCCCAGCGGUAUAAGAAAAUUGGAGAAUGCAACAAGUCUCUCAGUUUCAUCACACACAUCGACUGGUCUUUGGAUAGUAAAUACUUGCAAACUAAUGACGGUGCCGGAGAACGGCUGUUCUACAAAAUGCCAUCUGGGAAGCCUUUAACAAGUAAAGAAGAAAUCAAAGGGAUUCCCUGGGCCUCCUGGACAUGUGUGAAUGGCCCAGAAGUGAGUGGGAUUUGGCCAAAAUACACUGAUGUCACUGACAUCAACUCAGUGGAUGCAAAUUACAACAACUCAGUACUGGUGUCUGGAGAUGAUUUUGGACUGGUUAAAUUGUUUAAGUUUCCUUGUCUCAAGAAAGGAGCCAAAUUUAGAAAGUAUGUGGGUCAUUCUGCACAUGUCACAAACGUCCGCUGGUCUCAUGACUUUCAGUGGGUAUUAAGCACAGGAGGGGCUGACCACUCGGUUUUCCAGUGGAGAUUUAUUCCAGAAGGUGUCAGCAAUGGCCUGCUGGAAACAGCACCCCAGGAAGGUGGCUCCGAUUCCUAUAGUGAAGAAUCUGAUUCGGAUUUAUCUGACGUGCCGGAGUUGGACUCUGAUAUUGAGCAAGAAACUCAAAUCAAUUAUGAUCGCCAGGUUUACAAAGAAGAUCUACCUCAGCUAAAGCAACAAAGUAAAGAGAAAAACCAUGCAGUGUCCUUCCUCAAACGAGAAAAGGCUCCUGAGGACAGCUUGAAACUCCAGUUCAUACAUGGCUAUAGAGGCUACGAUUGUAGAAACAAUCUGUUCUACACACAAGCUGGAGAAGUGGUCUAUCACAUUGCUGCAGUUGCUGUCGUGUACAAUAGGCAACAACACUCCCAGAGGCUGUACCUGGGACACGAUGAUGACAUUCUCAGCCUGACCAUCCAUCCAGUGAAGGACUAUGUGGCCACUGGGCAGGUUGGGAGAGAUGCUGCUAUUCAUGUGUGGGACACGCAGACUCUAAAAUGUUUGUCACUGUUGAAAGGACAACAUCAGAGAGGAGUGUGUGCGCUCGAUUUUUCAGCCGAUGGAAAAUGUCUGGUGUCGGUUGGUUUAGACGAUUUUCACAGUAUUGUAUUUUGGGACUGGAAAAAGGGAGAAAAGAUAGCCACCACCAGAGGACAUAAAGAUAAGAUAUUUGUGGUAAAGUGUAACCCACACCAUGUUGACAGACUGGUUACGGUUGGGAUCAAGCACAUCAAAUUCUGGCAACAAGCAGGUGGGGGCUUCACCUCUAAAAGAGGAAUUUUUGGAAGUGUUGGAAAGUUAGAAACAAUGAUGUGCGUUUCUUAUGGACGAAUGGAAGAUCUGGUGUUCUCAGGAGCAGCUACUGGAGAUAUUUUUAUUUGGAAGGAUGUUCUCCUACUAAAGACAGUGAAAGCUCAUGACGGGCCCGUGUUUGCUAUGUAUGCAUUGGAUAAGGGUUUUGUAACAGGUGGAAAGGAUGGAAUUGUGGAACUCUGGGAUGAUAUGUUUGAAAGAUGCUUGAAGACUUAUGCCAUUAAAAGAGCAGCAUUGUCAACCAGCUCAAAAGGCUUGCUUUUGGAAGAUAACCCUUCAAUUCGUGCCAUCACUUUGGGACAUGGACAUAUCCUGGUGGGAACGAAAAAUGGAGAGAUCCUGGAAAUUGAUAAGAACGGCCCAAUGACACUGCUCAUUCAGGGGCACAUGGAAGGAGAAGUAUGGGGGCUGGCGGCUCACCCUCGCCUGCCUGUCUGCGCAACAGUGAGCGACGAUAAAACACUGCGGAUCUGGGAACUAUCCUCCCAGCACCGUAUGCUGGCAGUACGGAAACUCAAAAAAGGUGGAAGAUGCUGUGCCUUCUCCCCUGAUGGGAAAGCCUUAGCAGUUGGCUUGAAUGAUGGGAGUUUCCUGGUUGUAAAUGCCGACACUGUUGAAGACAUGGUCUCCUUCCAUCACAGAAAAGAAAUGAUCUCUGACAUUAAAUUUUCAAAAGAUACAGGAAAAUACCUCGCUGUGGCGUCCCACGAUAACUUUGUGGAUAUUUACAACGUCCUUACAAGCAAAAGGGUUGGCAUCUGUAAAGGUGCUUCUAGUUACAUUACACACAUUGACUGGGACUCUAGAGGGAAAUUACUGCAAGUUAAUUCAGGUGCCAAAGAACAACUCUUUUUUGAAGCUCCAAGAGGCAAACGGCAUAUAAUAAGACCUUCAGAGAUUGAGAAGAUAGAGUGGGACGCUUGGACCUGUGUGCUGGGGCCCACCUGUGAGGGCAUCUGGCCAGUGCACAGUGAUGUGACUGAUGUGAAUGCUGCCAGUCUCACCAAAGACCAUUCCCUCUUAGCCACAGGAGAUGAUUUUGGUUUUGUUAAGCUUUUUUCAUAUCCUGUCAAGGGCCAGCACGCGAGAUUCAAGAAGUACGUGGGGCACAGUGCCCACGUCACAAACGUGAGAUGGCUGCACAACGACUCUGUGCUGCUCACGGUGGGCGGUGCCGACACGGCCCUGAUGAUCUGGACGAGGGAGUUUGUGGGGACCCAGGAGAGCAAGCUGGUGGACAGUGAGGAGUCGGACACUGACGCAGAGGAGGACGGAGGCUAUGACAGUGACGUUGCUAGAGAAAAGGCCAUCGAUUACACCACCAAGAUCUAUGCUGUGAGCAUCAGGGAAAUGGAAGGCACCAAACCACACCAGCAGAUGAAAGAAGUUUCAGUGGAAGAAAGACCACCCGUUAGCAGAGCGGCUCCCCAGCCUGAGAAACUCCAGAAGAACAAUAUCACCAAAAAAAAGAAACUGGUUGAGGAGCUGGCUCUCGACCACGUGUUUGGCUACAGAGGGUUUGACUGUCGCAAUAACCUGCAUUACCUGAAUGACGGUGCUGACAUCAUCUUCCACGCAGCCGCGGCCGGCAUCGUUCAGAACCUGUCCACAGGGAGCCAGAGCUUCUACCUGGAGCACACGGAUGACAUCCUCUGCCUCACGGUGAACCAGCACCCCAAGUACAGAAACGUGGUGGCCACCAGCCAGAUAGGAGCAACACCUUCCAUCCACGUGUGGGACGCCAUGACCAAACACACCCUCUCCGUGCUGCGGUGCUUCCACUCGAAGGGGGUGAAUUACAUCAACUUCAGCGCAACCGGGAAGCUGCUGGUGUCGGUGGGCGUGGACCCCGAGCACACCAUCACCGUCUGGCGCUGGCAGGAGGGUGCCAAGGUUGCUAGCCGAGGGGGCCACCUGGAGCGCAUAUUCGUGGUGGAGUUUCGCCCUGACUCAGACACACAGUUUGUGUCUGUCGGAGUCAAGCACAUGAAGUUCUGGACCCUGGCAGGCAGUGCCCUGCUUUAUAAGAAAGGGGUCAUCGGGUCCAUGGAGGCUGCCAAGAUGCAGACGAUGCUCUCCGUGGCCUUCGGUGCUAACAACCUCACUUUCACGGGUGCCAUCAACGGCGACGUCUACGUGUGGAAGGACCACUUCCUUGUCCGGCUGGUGGGCAAGGCUCACACAGGCCCCGUCUUCACAAUGUACACGACCCUUCGGGACGGGCUCAUAGUGACCGGUGGAAAAGAGCGGCCGACCAAAGAAGGAGGUGCUGUGAAACUGUGGGACCAGGAGAUGAAGCGCUGCCGGGCCUUCCAACUGGAGACGGGGCAGCUGGUGGAGUGUGUGCGCUCCGUGUGCCGCGGCAAAGGAAAGAUUUUAGUGGGAACCAAGGAUGGAGAAAUCAUUGAAGUUGGUGAAAAAAAUGCUGCUUCCAACAUCCUGAUUGAUGGACACAUGGAAGGGGAGAUCUGGGGCCUGGCCACACACCCCUCCAAGGACAUCUUCAUCUCUGCCAGUAACGACGGCACAGCCCGAAUCUGGGACCUGGCUGACAAGAAGCUGCUAAACAAGGUGAACCUGGGCCACGCGGCCAGGUGUGCAGCCUACAGCCCUGACGGGGAGAUGGUGGCCAUUGGCAUGAAGAAUGGAGAGUUUGUCGUCUUGUUGGUGAACAGCCUGAAAGUUUGGGGGAAGAAACGAGACCGGAAAUCUGCUAUCCAAGAUAUCAGAAUCAGCCCAGACAGCAGAUUCUUAGCUGUUGGUUCUUCUGAACACACAGUUGACUUCUAUGACCUCACUCAGGGCACGAGUCUGAACCGCAUCGGCUACUGCAAAGAUAUCCCAAGCUUUGUCAUUCAGAUGGAUUUUUCCGCGGAUGGCAAAUACAUCCAGGUGUCAACAGGAGCCUACAAGCGCCAGGUGCAUGAGGUGCCCCUGGGGAAGCAGGUCACCGAAGCCACGGUCAUUGAGAAGAUCACCUGGGCCUCCUGGACAAGCAUUCUGGGAGACGAAGUCAUUGGCAUCUGGCCGCGAAACGCAGACAAGGCUGAUGUCAACUGCGCGUGUGUGACCCACGCUGGCCUGAACAUUGUCACGGGAGACGACUUUGGGCUCGUGAAGCUCUUUGAUUUUCCAUGCACAGAGAAAUUUGCCAAGCAUAAGCGUUACUUCGGUCACUCGGCUCACGUGACGAACAUCCGUUUCUCUCAUGACGACAAGUACGUGGUCAGCACUGGAGGAGACGACUGCAGCGUGUUCGUGUGGCGAUGCCUGGAAGUGCCAGAGUCCUCUUACUUUAUUGCUGCUGCUGCCGCCAGCCACCGUGGAGGCAGUGAUGAGGUGCCUCCUGGCCGCCAGCUGCUGGGAAAGGCCUACGACACCGCAGGCCGCACGAGCUCCAAGUGCUAGUGAAGUGGUGUGACUGCGCCCAUCGCCUGGAAUCUCCAAAACCGUCGGGCCAAAAAGGAAGAGUUUUAUAUCCAUUAAGUGCCUUUGAAAGCUUCCAGGUUUGUGGGCUGCUGUCUCCCCUCCCCCAGGUUGUCUCCUUUCUACAUAUGGUGCUAAAACGUCAAAACUGAGGAGGGCUACAGGACCCUCAGCAGACUCCUGGUCUGUCACCCAGGUCAGGUAUUUAGUUAGGUCAGGGCUUCCUAAAUGAAAGACAUCAGUUACCUGCUUGGGAAACAGUGGCUAUUUGAAGUUGAGCAGCAAAGAAACUUAGAUUCAGGAGUCGGAGGGUGGGUGGGUAGAACGGGUUUUCAUCAUAUUGAGUGCCAAACCCACAACAUCCAAAACAUUUCAAAUAAAACAAACCUCUACUACAGAACAGAAGGGAAAAAAAAAAAAAAAAAAAAAAGCUCAAGUAGGUCCAGGAAGAUGAGCUGAUUUAUCUCAUUAAACCUAAAAUGGUGAUAAAUGAGGUGACCUGAGGCUGUGCUGGGUUUACCACUCCCAGAGUGGGGUGGACUUGGCCCCAGUGAUUUGUGUCACGUGAACUACAUAGGUCAAGUCUGGGUUUUUAAAAACUCUCUGCGGAACAAAUUCCUAAGCCCAAAUAAUAUUUGACAACUCAAGAUUAUAAAACAAAAUCAUCUAGCUUAGAGUUCCUCAGAGUUGGCUGGAUGACAGAAUGUGACUUGGCCAGCAAACCCAGAAGGUGUCCUAAACCACCUCCGUCGUACUUGACACCUGGCCGACCGCUGACAACGGCGAGGGCUGACGGCGCGCUCGGGACGGCAGGCUGGGGAGGGACUGGGGCUCUGAGCUCGUAUACCAGUUAGUCCUUCCAGUCAGUGAACUAAAAAAUUCUGCAUCUUGAGUCCCUGGCUAUUUGCAGUUGUCAGUUUACAGGAAAGGUGAAACGAAGCAUUUUCAAUUAAAUAGAUUAACAAACAUUUACCACAGAAGUGCUUCAGCAUUCUAAAUGGAUUAGAUCACACGUUAAGCUAUUUUUAUAUGCCAACUUAUUAAUGCCUUACAUGAAUCCACUGAUAGGUCGUUGGGCCCCCAGUUAGAGUCCCUAUGCAGCCCUAAUUCUGUGUUCCGUAACCACGUGACUGGUGAUGCUGAGUGAUAACCACGUCUGCCUAUACUGUACCACUGACCUUUCAUACUGAUCGGAUCCCGCAUUGAAUCACCACGUGAAGAACAAUAAAUUGAUCAAUGAGGACAUGUACACUAUAUUUAAAGAGCAAUAGUGUCUGUGUCAAGAAAAGUUCUUAAAUCUGAUUUGUAAACAUUUAUAUGGUAUGAUGAUUUUCCGUAUGUUCAUAAAUCCUGCACUGUAUUCUGUGUUAAAAUA